GGCGCACGGCGGCUGCUCCGCGGCGCCCCCGGGGCGGGCGGAGGGUUCGCCCAUGGGCUCGGUCAGGGCGUAGCGAGCGGCGGCGCCCCACCCACCCCCCCGGCACCGGGCAUGCGGCGGCGGCGGCAGCCCGCGCGUGGCGGCGGCUCCGCGCCCCGAGGCUGCGGGCGGCGGCGCGGCUUGGGGCGGCUCUGAGGGCGCCCCCGGUCAUGCGGCGCUGGGUGCUGCUGGCCGCGCUGGGCUGGCUGCUGCCGGCGGGGGCCGCGGCCAGCGGCGAGUACUGCCACGGCUGGCUGGACGCGCAGGGCGGCUGGCGGGACGGCUUCCAGUGCCCCGAGCGCUUCGACGGCGGCGACGCCACCAUCUGCUGCGGCAGCUGCGCCCUCCGCUACUGCUGCGCCAGCCCCGAGGCGCGCCUCGACCAGGGCGCCUGCGACAACGACCGCCGGCUCGGCGGCGCCGGAGACCCCGCCCGCCCCGGCAAAGACGGCCCCGACGGCGCGGCAGUGCCCAUCUACGUGCCAUUCCUUAUUGUUGGAUCUGUAUUUGUCGCCUUCAUCAUCUUGGGGUCGCUGGUGGCAGCUUGCUGCUGCAGAUGCCUGCGGCCCAAGCAGGAGCCCCAGCAGAGCCGAGCCCCGGGGGGCACCCGCCUUAUGGAGACUAUCCCCAUGAUCCCAAGUGCCAGCACCUCCCGGGGUUCCUCUUCCCGCCAGUCGAGCACUGCUGCCAGCUCCAGCUCCAGUGCCAACUCGGGAGCCAGAGCACCCCCGACCAGGUCCCAGACCAACUGCUGUUUGCCAGAAGGGACCAUGAAUAAUGUCUACGUCAACAUGCCAACGAACUUCUCGGUGCUGAACUGCCAGCAGGCGACCCAGAUUGUGCCACAUCAGGGGCAGUACCUGCACCCCCAGUACGUGGGCUACGCUGUGCAGCACGACUCGAUGCCGCUGACCCCGGUGCCCCCCUUCCUUGACGGUUUGCAGAGCGGCUACAGGCAGAUCCAGUCUCCCUACCCACACACCAACAGCGAACAGAAGAUGUACCCAGCUGUGACUGUGUAGCGCUGACACCUUCCUCCUCCUCCCCACCCGACAGAUUUUAAUAUCUAAACUGAACAGAGGAGAAAUAUUUCCUCGGAAUGAAGCUCCCAGAACAUCACUUGUAAAUAAUUUUGAAAAGCUCAUGCAUGUCAGACAGUGUUUAUAAACCAUUUAUUUUCAUCGGGGUCCGUUGCCAGAAACUGUAGGAUGAUAUCUCUGAAUUAACGUUGCCAGAUACGCUCUCAUUCCAGUGCAUGAUUUACAGCAGCAAAGGAUUACGCUGAAAAUGCAUGUGCAUUUCAGAUCACUGUACUUGAGAGAUAAAUGCCGGAGCCAUUAAGUGCCCUUCAGGUAUGACAUGGUCAGAAGUAUUUGCCUAAUGUAAUUUGUAGAAAGAGUUUUGUUACACUGUACAAGACUACAGUACUUAAGAAACCUCUUUUCUCCUCUCCCAGCUCCUUAAUGAUGUUUCCCACUGCUUUACAGACAAUCACAACCGAGAGCGGAACUGUGCAAUGCUGGGUGCUGGUACCAGCCCCCUUGGUUUCUUACACACUCCCAGUUUGGGAUGGAAUGCCUUGAAAGGCUUGGUCCUGCAGAGACCAAUUUUCUUUCUCCCUGGUGUUUAUGUAGGAAUUAGAGUGUGAAUUAUUCGGCUCUUCCUUCCAGUGCACUUGGAACCCUUCUUGAUUUGGUUUUGCCUCAAUAUCAGAACCCAAUAGUGGUUUGCACAGACUUUCAUCUUUGUGAACUUUUUACUGAAAGCAGAGUAUGAGGUGCUUGCUGUUCCUGACGCUCGGCAAAGCUAUUGGUACAGCGGUGGCAUGUGAGCUGCAACUGCCUUUGCAGAGAAUGCUGUACUGUGAUUCCAAACACGCUUGAUUUAACCUCACUUCCCGUGAAACAGUAAACCCGUGUGAAUGUGCAUGAAGUUGUCAGACUGAAACCCUGCUUGCAAUUGAGUCUGACCAUAGGAAAAUGGGCUUUGUCCCUCUGCCGGCCUGCUCCGGGUCCCCAGCCUUGCUCCCUGGGAGGAUCAUACAAAGCCACCCCAACCAGGGCAGGGAGGGACUGGCAGAGCUUUGAAACACGUCCCCUUUUCUCCUUUACUUGAGGGCCGGAGGAGUAGAAAGGCGCAGGGCUGUAUAUAAGCAAGGUUAAAGGCCUGACCAAAGGAUGGAGGUGCUUGUGGCUCCCUGUGAUGCCAUAGGGUCUCAGGGAGAAGUCACAAUGCCAGUGGCGGGGGAUGACACAGCUCCAGACUGGAGCUGCUGGCUCUGUCUUGCUUUGCUGGGAAAAAUACCUCUCCAGGCUGAAGAGGCAAGAGCAUGCUGGGAAUAAUCAGACCUUGCUAACUGUAAUAUAUCACCCAGGAUGCAAGAAACUGCUUAAGGCUGGUUUUGUCUCUUAAAUAUAGUUGCGGCAUUUCCAUCCAUUUAUUCUUCAGCCAAAACACCAGGACAGAGGACUGAGGGCACAUACCAAAACUGGGCAAUUACUGUAAGCAGACCAGAGCUGAUGAAAGGUUUCUUAUUGUCUGAUACUGUAUCAGUAUGUAGCAAUAACUGCAAUACUACUAUUUUUUUGUAUGUCUGUUUUUAAAUGAUGCACAAGUGCAGAAGCCAUGCCAAAUCCAACGGUUUACUCAUAAACAUGCCACACACAGGCAGUCUGCAGUGGGCAGAAAUGGUUUGACCACUGACACAGGGAAAUGAAUAGGUAAUUUAUCCCAGAUCUGCUCUUCCUGGCUGUGAUCGCUCAUUCAGUAUGUGGGACCUGGGCAGAAAAGUUGGUUUACGAGACACAGCUUCCCCUCCAGCCAGGCUGGGUGUCUGGGCAAGGCAGCAACCAGCUGCUGGAGGUGGUGGGUGACUGCUCUGCUCUGCCUGCACAGCUCAGUGCUCGGGGAAUCUUUAAAGGCAGUAGGUGCACCAGAGCUGGGUGCUGCCCGGCUUUUGAAGGACCCAGUGUGCACUUGGGUCUUGGAGAUCGAGGUUUCUACCUGCCCACAUUGCAGCUUGGUCACGCUGACAUUCCAAAGCUGAGGUGGCAUCAGGUGAGAGGCUUGGCUGCCUUCAGCAGCUGGUGGCUUCAGCAGGAGCUGAAGGUGCUUGGCCCCAGUUGAGACCUGGCCUGUCACUGCAUGGCCAGACAACGAGCUCAUCCCUGUAUUCCUGAUCUUUCCCAGCUGUGAACCAAGUCCGCUUCCACCCCCACCCCACCAGCAUGCACUGCCUGCCUUGCACACGCCCUGGCAAGGACACCUCCUCUGACCUAUGAAAUUCAGGUGAAGUUCUUUGUAUAUUGUUUACUUUUUUUUUUUUUAAAAAAAAAGAAUAAGUUAAAUUUAAGUCUGUAGAAAUUAAUUUACAACUGAAAGCAGAAAAAACUGCAUUGUAAUGAGAGGAAGUUUGUGAGCUGUGGUGGGGUUUUUUUUAAUGUCAUGUACAAUAAUGUAAAACCAAUGUUACCAUUUGAUAUAGCUUUUACAUCUCUGAAAGGGCACUUGCUUUAAAGUGCUUCUUACCAAUGGAAAAAAAAAAGCCCCCUUUGUUUCCUAAUAAAUACUUUAUGGUGUGACUUUGCUAUUUA